UAAUCCAACAAUAAAAACAGCAAAAACAUUCUGCUGCAACCUCAUACAAUAGAAAAAUCGAUUGCCUGUUUCGCAAUAAUUUGGUGUUAUCUCGCAGUUUAGGACAUUUUAUACGCAGUGAAUCAUUUCGCGUUCUGCAGUGGACAGUGAUCGGUUGUUUUUACAGUUUCUGCUUGAAUACAUUUGAAGAAGUACAAGUAGUGGGUAUUGGCUGGCAGUAUCCGGAGUAUGCCGCCCAUCGUCUGAUUCUACCGGAUUCAGAUUGAUAUUCAAUGCCAUACAUUCUGAUACGAGGCAAUUUAGCUUCCUACAGCCAUAAGUACCCGUUUCGAGUGCUAGUUUCGGGAUUGAAAGCUGCCGAUCUCGAACAACUGAAUCGAUUCCCCUGCGGUGGAUACAGUGAUGAGUCUACAAUCGUCUACUUGCAGCAUCCUUGUGUGAUAUUAACUGCUCUGGAGGUUCUAGGCUAUCGGGUGGUGGCUUCCUCGUCAACAGCGGUGAAGCAGGACUACAACGAGUAUAUGUGGACUAUGCGCAAGGAGUUCAACGAUCCGGAACCGUACUCGUGCGAAACAUCGUCGAACCUUGUCGAACGGGACAAUCUUGCCAAUAUCGGUCGCGAGGUGAAUAACUAUCCGCCAAACAAUAAGAUUGACGUGCCGGAAUAA